AUGCCGUUCAAGCUCAAAUCCGACUCUCCGGGUCAUCUUACCGUUGGCCAUGGACUUACCCGAACCUCAACCCAAGUUACCAACGAUGGGCGGACGACGGUACAGUUCCACCGAAGCCCUGGAGAGCUGGCCGCGUGGUUUAAAGGACUACAUGAUAAUUCCGACUGCUCAAGGAAGACUUAUACUCCCCGUAAGGAGAGCGCUACGUCUGCAUCAUUCAAUGAGAAACCCGCCGGCAGCUAUGGGCCCCGGCUGAAUAUCGCCAUUCACAUCGUCGGUUCCAGAGGAGAUGUCCAACCAUUCAUUCCGAUCGCUCAGAUAUUAAGCAAGCCUCCAUUCGGGCAUAGGGUUCGAAUAUGCACACAUCCUGUGUUCAAAGCUUUUAUAGAAAGCAAGGGGUUGGAGUUCUUCAGUAUUGGGGGCGAUCCCGAAGCACUAAUGGCUUAUAUGGUGAAGAAUCCAGGCCUGCUACCGAGUCGGGAAAGUUUUAAGGCGGGCGAUAUUUCGAAAAGGAGGAAAGAGAUGGGUCAGAUUAUGCAUGGUGCUUGGCGUAGUUGUAUCGAGGCGGGCGAUGGGAUGGGUGAUAAGGUCACGGCUUCCGACGUAGAAUCGGCAAGCGAUCUAUUUAUUGCGGACGUAAUCAUCGCCAACCCCCCAUCGAUGGCACAUAUCCAUUGCGCCGAAAAGUUGGGCAUUCCUUUUCACAUGGUAUUCACGAUGCCGUGGUCACCGACGCACACGUUUCAUCAUCCGCUCGCAGCUAUGCAAUAUGGCCAAGCUGAGAUUGGUAUGGCCAACUACUUGUCAUUUAUGAUGAUGGAGCUUUUAACUUGGCAAGGUCUAGGCGACGUUAUCAAUAAAUUCCGAACACGCACCUUGAAAUUGGAUCCCAUUAGUCCAUUAUGGGGCCACCACUUAUUAUCAAGACUUCGCGUACCCUUUACUUACCUCUGGUCCGAAUCAUUAAUACCCAAACCGAAUGAUUGGGGUUCCCAUAUUCGCAUUACUGGCUUUUCCUUCCUACACCAAGCUGCCUCAUAUACCCCACCCUCUGACCUAGUUGAAUUUCUUAAAAAUAGUGACCGCCCUCCUGUAUACAUCGGGUUUGGAUCUAUCGUCGUGGAUGAUCCUCAAGCUUUAACAGACCUUAUAUUCAAAGCAUUAAAGUUGGCUAACAUGCGUGGAAUUGUGUCUAAAGGUUGGGGAGGCAUUGGCUCAGGAGAAGUACCGGAUCAUGUCUACCUCAUCGGAGAUUGCCCCCACGAUUGGCUUUUCGAACGCGUAUCAUGUGUUGUGCACCAUGGCGGAGCGGGUACGACGGCUGCUGGACUUGCCGCAGGUUGUCCGACCGUCGUCAUCCCUUUCUUCGGAGAUCAGCCUUUCUGGGGUCAGAUGAUUGCCCGUGCCGGCGCGGGCCCAGUCCCUAUCCCCUACAAGAAAAUCACGGCGGAAACUCUGGCGGAGAGCAUCACUUUUGCAUUACGACCUGAAGUACAGGCUGCUGCGAAAGAAGUAGCGGCAUCAAUUGGCGAAGAAGACGGAGCUGGUGGCACCGCUAGGGACAUUCAAGAGAGACUGGAUUCCGAAGGCCUGAAAUGUGAUAUUUGUCCCCAUCGACUUGCAAUAUGGCGGCACAAAAAAACCGACGCACAUUUAAGCAGUUUCGCCGCAUAUUUCCUGGUUAACAAAGGGUUCAUCAAGCCUGGUACACUCGAGCUACUUCGCCACAAGCCCUGGUACGUCGACGAAGGCGCGGAAAGUGUCCUCAUAGGCCUUAUCGCCGCAUGUAGCGGCUUCUUCACAGAUAUCGGGUUAGCAACAUCUCACUAUGUGAAGACUUUGAAGUCAGACCCGAAUACCACGCGACGGAGGUCUUCUAUUAUCUUACUAAAGGCAAAUUCACAUUCACAUCUUGGACGUAACGUAUCUCUAGAUCCAUGCCCUCCCGCAGAUCUAACAGCCACCUUGCCUGAUGGAGGAUUUUCCGUAAGACAGCUCGAAAAGCUUGCUCGAAAAAUGGCGCAGAAGCCUGUGAAAUCUUCUAACGAAAUUCCUGGCAGAGCGACCUUCCGUGAGCAGAUUCAAAAAUUCGAGAAUGAGAGGAGAUGGGUGACUCGCGAGAGAAGCGAGCAAAGCCGCGCUCUACACAUCGCCCGCGCAUCUAAACGAUAUGCCGUGGAACUUGGACAUGCUGGAUUGAAAGCACCCGUGGCGACCUUCUAUAAUAUCGCAAAUGGGUUUCGCAAUUUCCCAUCAUACAUAUGUGGUGACGACGACAUGCGGCGGCGGGACGAGAUACGAGGAUUUAAGAGUGGCUUUAAGGUGGCUGGCAAGGAGUUCGUGCUCGGUUACUACGAAGCUUUCACUGGUGUUGUCCUGAAGCCGUACCAAGGUGCGAAAAAGGAGGGCGUGAAGGGUCUUGGCAAGGGCUUCCUCAGGGGUACCUACGGAUUACUUGGAGGAAUCGGGGGAGGAUCGUUCGGCCUGGCGGGCUACACACUCAAAGGCAUUGAAAAAGAGUUCUCCAAACACCGACUAACCGAGCUCAAAGCCGAAAUCCUAUUAAUCAGAUUCCGACAAGGCCUCGAGGACUGCUGGCAAGCAACAGAAGAAGAGAAGCGCGAAGUUAUAGAUCGCUGGACAUCACUGCAUAGAACAGACUCCCGCGCGGAACAAUAG